AUGUCAGAGGAAUCUGAUACUCCCCGACCCACUCGCCAAGCGAAGAAGAAUGCUAUUCGUAAGAUCGAUAAAGCUUUACCUAAGGAGAAGAUGUACAAGAAAAAGAGGAAGAAGGAGGAUCAAGCUGCCAAAGAACUAAGACAAAACUAUAGACGACUAGAUCAAGAACGGAGAUUAGCUCGACAACAAGUGGAACAAGGGAGACACCUUGACAUCGACUGGGCGGAUGAUGGCCGCUCUGAAGAAUUGAGAAGAAAUCAGAAGAAAAAAGACGAGAAGGAAGAGAUCGUACCGUUUGAAUGUGUCAUUUGUUCUGAAGAGAUCAUAGAUGUACUUUCCAAAGCUAUCAGUGAAGGGAAAGGUGGUGUAGAUGGUGGGCUGGCUAUUUGGUCCUGUGAUCAAGAAGAUUGUGGUGUAUUAUUUUGUAUAUCUUGCGUUGUUCGGUAUAUCACUGGCGUCCAGGGAAGAACGCAUUGCCCAGCUUGUAGAAGAGAAUGGAAUUUGGGGAUACUGAGAGAUCAAGCUGGAGCUUACGAUCCAGAGUUGUUAGGUGAAGGGUAG